AUGGCUACAUACAUUUCCACAGCCCAGGCUUUUGCGUCCGCCUCGCGGUUGAACAAGUUGAACUCGUCCUCUCUCAGCAACAUUCGUGGCGCUAUCAUCAGCGGGGAACCCUAUAUGACAGCGGGAAAUGUUUUAGGACUCUUGUUGUGCUAUGCUCCUGCCGUGGGAGUAACCGUCGGGAAAGUUUCCGAAGUUGUCAGUGCGGUCUUGCGAGACGACCUGGUGGUGAGUGAGGACCACAUGUCUGAUGGGUUUGAUCUUGAUCUUGAUCUAGAUCUUUCCGACGAACAGAUCAACUCGACUGCCCGUGACCUUGUAGCAGAUACCCACAAACAGUCCUUGGUGUUUGGGCUAGAUACAGAAUCCACAGAGGACCUUGCAUUCCAAUUUGUUCGUGCUAAGGUUCAAUGGCUGUCCAGUUAUGUGGGAAGCUUUGAUCGCUUUGAUCAGUUGUUCUUGUUGAUGGACGGCCACGUGGCAUUCUCUCAAUGGAGAAAGGGACUAUUUGUCCCUUACAACGAAUGGUGGUACCACAGAGAGGUAGACGAAAACGUCACUUUUGCAGAAUUCGAGGCAUUGGCUCCACGUCAACAGUUUUCGUUGCUUGUGGGACCAAUGAACCAAUCCAACUGCGAGAUGUGGCUUGCCCGGGUCUUGAUGCCCUUCCUUGCUUACCAAGGAGGCAGCUUGGCUCUUCUAGAAGAGUGGAUGUUCCAGGAAUCAAAACAACUCGAUCGCAGUCAUAAAUUAUGGAGUAGAAGCAUUCUUGCCAUUUCCAGAACUUCUCCCUCUCAACAAUUGACCCCAAUCCUUCACCGCUACCUUGUGGCCAUCUACUAUUAUUCUAUUCAGAAGGGUAACCUUACUUCCACUGAAACUAUCAAGGUUUACGACACUAUAAAGGAGACUUUAACCGGCAUAACAUUAUCUCAAGACGAGGACACUGAGUCGGCCGCAAUUAUUGAUGCAGAAUCUCCAGAAGAUCUUCAAAUUUUAACGGGAUCUGAGCAUGAGGUAUCCCUUGACUCACUCAUUGAUGAGACUGGUUCGCUUUUCCAUUCUGACUUAGAUCCCAAGUUCGCCACCGAUCUUCUGAAGUUUCUUUUAACCCCAACACAUGCGUCUAUUCAACUUAUUCUCACUAUCCUUAAAGUGUCAAACUCGCUCUCCUCAACUACUAGACUCUCCAUUCUUGACUACCUCCAAUUAAGAUGGGGUUCACGAUCAUCUCAAGCAUACAAACAAAAGGAAAUCAUCAGAAUCAUGAGUGGGAUCAAUACUUCCAACUGGGAAGUGGUUAUACUAUCAGUGGAAUCAUUCAGAGACUCAUUUAUCGGCAAACUGUCAUACCCUGAAGUAAGCAAAUUGGUAAUUUCUCGGUUACUUCUGGUUGAUCUUUUCGACCCAGCAUUGACAUUGUAUCAACGAAAUCAAAGCGAACCCCCCCUUCUGCCUGAUGAAUUCUUCUCCUGUGUUCUUAACAAGUUCUGGGAUUCGUUCAACCUUGCCACCUCCCUUCAGACGAGUUCUGGGAAACUCCACCAGGCAACUCAAUGCAUUCCUUUAUUUGAAGCUAUCAAGAACAUUUCUCCAGAAAACUCAGCCCAAAUUAUCCAAAUUAAACAUCUCCUUAGGGCAAUUUCAAACAUGAAGAAUUUCAAGAUUCUUGUUUCCACUUCAAACAACAGAGAAAGGACACCUAUUACUCCAAAUGUGAUUAUUAAAAGAUUUCUGACAGCCCCUAUUGAUCUUAUUUCAACAAUCCUUGAACAGAAUCCUAAAUCAUACUUGGCAUAUGAGAAAUUAUAUCGAAUUUUGAACGAUCUUUUGUUGUCGUUCUCGGAAACGUCUGAAGACAUUGACCCAUCUUCAUCUCCUUUCAUCUCGCUCAAGUCUGCUUGCAUCGAGUCUGCAUUGGUGGAUGGGAACUUCCUGUUUGCAUAUAAUCAGUCAAUGGAACUUUUCAGGUACUUGGACAAACCUACUGAUACACUCCCAUGGUUAACUUUUUAUCAAGUUGGGAAGUAUGUUUCUCCUCUGUGGUUUGAUGAAGAGUCGUCUAAAGCGUCUAAUAAAAUCGACACUCUUCUUAAGCAGCGAGAAAUCCUCUCGCUUCUUUUAAAGCUUGGAGGUCCUUCUAUCGAUAAUAAACUUAUUGUGAGGCAAUUGGGUUCUUUGAACCUCCAAAUCAACAAUUGGUAUAGAGAAUUGGAACUGAAUGGUACUAAUCAUACCCAGCAUCUGGAUUAUGCUCCUACAGUUAAGACGUUGGCGUCCAAUAUGGUUCAUGAGGCUACUCAUACUACACACCAUGCUUCAGAGAAAAUCUCCAAUCUUUUGGUUUCUGGUUUAGGAUGGGCAAUUGGUGCCAAUCCAGAGUAG